UUUCAGGUCAGCUGGUACAUAAGGCCAGAGCAAGCCAGAGGCAGCAGACAACAGUGAAUGGUGAGGAGGGGCCCUCAGAUCCUGCUGCGACCCCUGGAAUGGAGCCCCAGGGAGCCCCUGCACUAACCUACCUUGGCUAGACUCACAGCUGCCUCCAGAAACGGAAGCAAAGGAUUGCCAGGCGACCUCGCUCCUUGGACCUCAAUAGACACCAAAGGAACCAGGCCCAUCCCACCAGGACCAUGGUUGGACUUCAGCCAUCAGAGGUGCCUCCCACAACAGUGGUGAAGUUCCUGGGCGGGACUGCCGCCUGUUUCGCCGACCUCCUCACCUUCCCCCUGGACACCGCCAAGGUCCGCCUGCAGAUCCAGGGGGAGAACCCAGGGGCGCAGAGCAUGCAGUACCGCGGCGUGCUGGGUACCAUCCUGACCAUGGUGCGCACCGAGGGUCCCCGCAGCCCCUACAGCGGACUGGUUGCGGGCCUGCAUCGCCAGAUGAGCUUUGCCUCCAUUCGAAUCGGCCUCUACGACUCUGUCAAACAGUUCUACACCCCCAAAGGAGCGGACCACUCCAGCAUCGCCAUCAGGAUUCUGGCAGGCUGCACCACGGCCAUGGCGGUGACCUGUGCCCAGCCCACGGAUGUGGUGAAGGUCCGAUUUCAAGCCAUGAUACGCCUGGGAACUGGAGGCGAGAGGAAAUACAGAGGGACUAUGGAUGCCUACCGAACCAUCGCCAGGGAGGAAGGAGUCAGGGGCCUGUGGAAAGGGACGUGGCCCAACAUCACGAGAAACGCCAUUGUGAACUGUGCUGAGAUGGUGACCUAUGACAUCAUCAAGGAGAAACUGCUGGACUCUCGCCUGUUCACUGACAACUUCCCCUGUCACUUCGUCUCUGCCUUCGGAGCUGGCUUUUGUGCCACAGUGGUGGCCUCUCCGGUGGACGUGGUAAAGACCAGAUACAUGAAUGCUCCCCCAGGCAGGUACCGCAGCCCUCUGCACUGUAUGCUGAGGAUGGUGGCCCAGGAGGGCCCCACAGCCUUCUACAAAGGGUUUGUGCCCUCCUUUCUGCGCUUGGGGGCCUGGAACGUGAUGAUGUUUGUAACCUACGAGCAGCUGAAGCGGGCCUUGAUGAAAAUCCAGGUAUUGCGGGAAUCUCCAUUUUGAACAUGGCAAGCGGGCUACUUG